AUGUCAUUCCAUAAGUAUUUAGAGAAACUGCAAAAUGUAUCCAUCCCAAGAAAGGUUCUACCCAAACCAAAUGAAUUCCAAAUACACGGAUUCUGUGAUGCAUCGCAAGAAGCCCAUGGGGCUUGCAUAUAUAUACGAUCGCGCUGUUCCGAAAAUACGUGGCAGGUUCGACUGCUGUGUGCUAGGAGUAGUGUAGCGCCAAUAAAUGGUUCAACAAUUCCUCGUGUUGAACUGAAUGGUGCCUUGGUAUUAGCAAAAUUACUCCAAAAGCUAACGGAUGCUUGGGAAAUUGAUCGUCAUAAGUGUCAUUUGUGGACAGACUCCACUGUAGUUCUUAGUUGGUUAAAUGCAAAAUCUCAUAAUCGCGUUAAUCAGAUCUUAGAGCUUACAAAUGCAUCGUAA